UGGCAGAGGGCUGUGCGUCGCGCGGGGCCACUCAUCGCACGUAGCCCCAGGUUUCACGUUGCGGGCGCGUGCUCGUUUGCGCGUUCACGCCGCCCAUUGUGUUUUCUUUUUGUGUUGUAUUAUCAACAAGGAGACCACCGUGGCCUUACGGGUAACCGAGCGGGACAGCUGAACGACACAAGGGACUCGCUGAAACCAUGGCGGACGAACAAGAAAUCAUGUGCAAGUUGGAAAACAUCUUGGAAAUACGGAACAAGUCUGUCCAGAUGCAGAAGAUCAAGUCUCGUCUUAAAGUUGAGUUCGAUGCUCUGGAGUCUGAGGAGAAGCACCUGAAAGAAUACAAACAAGAGAUGGAUCUGCUCCUACAGGAGAAAAUGGCACACGUGGAGGAGCUGCGGCUCAUCCACGCAGAUAUAAAUGUGAUGGAGAGCACCAUCAAGCAGUCAGAGAAUGAUCUGAAUAAGCUGCUAGAAACAACUCGGCGCCUGCACGACGAGUACAAACCUCUGAAGGAGCACGUCGAUGCACUCAGGAUGACUUUAGGCCUACACAGACUCCCGAACCUGAACGAAGAAGAGGAGAAGCUCUCCCUGGAUUACUUUGAGAAGCAGAAAGCAGAGUGGCAGAAGGAGCCGCAUGAGCCCGCCAUCCCAGAAUCCCUCGCUGCUGCUGCGGCGGCAGCACAGCAGCUUCAGGUUUCCAGGAAGCAAGAUGCACGCCAGACGGCCACCUUCAGACAGCAACCCCCGCCUAUGAAGGCCUGCCUGUCCUGCCACCAGCAGAUUCACCGUAAUGCUCCCAUCUGCCCACUGUGCAAGGCCAAGAGCCGCUCCCGCAACCCAAAGAAGCCCAAGAGGAAGCCUGAUGAGUAGAUCCUACUUUACCUUCAGCUUCAGUCGGGUUCAAAAGGGACCUGGUCCAAUACACUGAUCUAAGAUCAGCCAUGUGCAUCACAAUGUAUGGCUGAAAUCACAGAUUUGUGCUUCAGGACAAUUUCCACAGUCCCAACUUUACCUUUUUUCAUAAACUGUCAACUGAAAUGAAUGCAGAAUCUGUAAAUGUCCUCAUGUUGUUUGGUUUUAUCCGUGCUUUGAUGUUUAUAUCUAACUGUAUGACUUCGGUAGUAGGUUCACUAGCCCUUAACCAUGUAACUGCAAUAAUGCAAAAAGGAACUUGAUAAAAUGUCUAAAGAAUUUUGCCCAUGUUGCUACUGUUUUAAUUUUUUUCUUGCCUUAGAUAUUGUACUGUACUUUCAAAUCUUUUGCAAUGCAUGCGUGCUUCCAUGGCUGUCUGUCGUGUAUUUUUUUUGUGCCAAUAUAUACAUUGGAUAGGUAUAAUUGAAGUUAAAUAAAACACAAUGUUGUUUUAAUGUUUACAGUGUUCACGGGAGAAAAAGAAAAGGAAAAAAAGGCCAGACUCAUUGGCUCUGAACAGUGUUGUGUUUAACUUUAAUACAGUGAUAUCAAAUAAAUGGCUGUUUUGUACUAA